AUGCAGAAGGUGUCUCCAACCAAUAACGGCUCGGCAGCGGGCACUCCGGUGAAGACGCUGGACACUCCGGUGGCUGCGUCGGGUGGAGCCAGCCCCACCACCGCCGGUCCUCCCGCCAGACCAGCGCCACCGGCCGCCGCCGCUGUCUCAGCGGCCGCCGCCGCCUCCGCUGUCUCAGCGGCCGCCGCCGCCUCCGCUGCUGCUGCCUCCGCCUCCGCCUCUGCUGGUGGCUUGUCUAAUGACCUAGUGGACUUUGACCUGUUGGCUCCAGGAGGAAGUUCAGGACCUCCGACAUCCUCCUGGGGAGAUCUCUUGGGUGAGGACUCCCUGACUGCUCCUGCUGCCGCUAGCUCCGCUGAGCCUGCUACUGAUUCUGCCCCUGAUGCGGCUGCUCCGGCCAACGCUGCCGCCAACGGCCAAUCAGAAGGCGCCGCAGCCGCUGCUGCUCCCGCCUCUGCGGCAGUCGCCGCCCUGCCUGUACCCGCACCCACCACCUCCAUCUCCGACAUGGACCUGUUCGGAGACGCGUUUGCUCCCUCCCCCGGGGAAGGUCCGCCCACUGGGGGCGGCGCUCCAGUAGCUGCUGUUGAUGCAUGUGCCGGAUCUGACCCAUUCGCGCCAUCAGAAGGGAGUGCAGCCAUGGCCCCAGAGCUGGAUCUCUUUGCCAUGAAGCCAGUGGACAGCGGCGCCGCGUCGGCCACCAGCCCCACGGCGGGUGCGGAGCCCUUCUUGCCCUCCUCCAGUGCUGCUGAUGCUGAUGCCACUGCUGGUGCUGAUGCUGCUGCCACCUCCCCUGACGCUGUCAUCGUCACCGUCACCGCCGCUGCCACCUCCCCAGACGCCGCUGCCCCCGCCCCCACCACCACCACCUCCACCACGGCCUCCGAAGCUGCCGCUACUGCUCCACCCGCCUCGGCUCCCACCCUAGAUCUUUUUGGUGGUCAAGAGGGGUCGUUCAACGAUUCAGACUCUGAAACUAAAUCUCCUACUGCAGAUAUGUUUGAUUCUAUGCCUGAGCAAACCUCCCCCUCAGCAUCCAAAGCAGACGCUACUCCUAGCAUAGGCCUAUUUGGUGCAGAUCUCCCAGCAGUUUCCCGUGGGCCCUCCCCACUCCCCCCUGAGGCUAAUGUGACUGGUGAUCUGCUGUCGGAUCUCUCCCCUGCGGCCCCUCCAGCAGCUUCAGUGGGUGGUGACCCCGCUGCAUCCUCUCCUCCCAAACCUGACACUGCGCCGGUCAUCGACCUCUUUGGGGACACACUUGCAGAUCUGCAGCCUAUCGCCCCCGCCGCUACAGGAGCUGACCUGCUAGGAGGCCUGAGUCCAUCGUUGGCCCCCGCUGAAGCACCUUCUCUGGCCCCCGCAUUGGCCCCGACCCCCUCCCCAGCUCCAGCACCUACGAGUGCCCAGAACGACCUGCUGGAGGCCACUGGGGACCUGCUAGCAUCCACAGAUGCUGCUCCCGCGCCAACAGCGCCCUCUGGAGGCUUUGAUCCCUCAGUGUUCGAUGGAUUAGGGGAUCUGCUCAUGCCCACAAUCACGCCCCAGAGCACCGGAGGAACGCCCAUGGCCCCUGCCACUCCGACGCCGUUAGCUCCCUUAGUGCCGCUGGUUCCAAUCGCACCACUAGCCGGAGUACCGCUAGUGGGGGCGCCGCUAGCAGGAGUAGCGCCGCUAGCAGGAGCCCCAUUAGUGCCUGCUGGAGCUCCGCUAGCCCCAGCCCCAGGUUCUGCUCCAGGCGCCCCAGCCACUGCAACCCCACCUACCAAACCCAUCGGAGGAGACCUGGAAUCAUCCCUAGCAAACCUGGUUGGAAACUUGGGAGUUGGAGCCCAAAAGAAGGACCAGCAGUGGAGUGAGAAGAAGCUGACAGGCGGUGCUCACUGGACCCCCCAGGUCGCCCCGACCAGCUGGGGAGCCCCUGGGGCUCAGAUGCCUGGUGCCCCACCCACACCUCCAGCUGUAGGAGGCUUGCAGGGCUUUGUCAUGCCUGUAGUGGGGGCUCCUGGUGCUCCUAUGAUGGCCCCCAUGGGAGCUCCGAUGAUGGGACAGCCCAUGAUGAGACCUCCUUUCGCUGGAGCAGCCGCCGUUGCACCAGGGGCACCGCUGUCCCCUGGGCCUGCUGUCCAGAGCCCCAAGAAGCCAAAAGACCCCCUGGCUGACCUCAACCUCAAGGACUUCAUGUGAUCACCCAGAUUUUCUUCCUUUAGUCUAGAUUGGAGUGGAACACAUUUGCCUGGUCUUUACCGACAGCCCCCGGAACCCCUUCCACCCCCAAGAUGAAAGGAGCCCCCGACUGACCUUGCCACCCCCUUCCUCCCCCAACACACACACACAUACACACACUCUCUCCUCAAUGCCCCUCAGCCUCUCCCCUGAUCUCUUAAAUGUGUAGCACAAAGUGUGAAGCUGUAGAAAGAUAGAAUAGAAAGAAUGAGAGAGAGAGAGACUGAGAGAGAGAGACAGAGAGAGAGAGACUGAGAGAGAGAGACUGAGAGAGAGAGACAGAGAGAGAGAGACAGAGAGAGAAGUAGACAGAAAUGGAGAGAAUGAGCUUGUGCUUAUAUUAAUGUAAUCUUUUUGUCCAAACAAAAAUGAAC